UUAAGCUAUGUGGGAGUCCAUGUUUCUAAGGAAGAACUAUUUCCACGGAGUUUUCUUCGAAUAGUUCAUCCCUGAGACAUGGAGCCGGUGACUUCUUUGAAAAUAAUCGUUUUCCCAAGCCUAGAGGACAAGAUAUUUGUCGGCGACAAGAGACGAUUUUGUCCAACAAUCGCAAGCGUCGUUAAUAACGUAACAACUAAGUCCGGAGUGGUUCUAGACGGUAGACAAACACGAAUCGGUAACAACCGCCUAACUGAAUCCAAAAUACUAGGAACAAGGAACAAAAGACAAUUUAGCUGUCCCAAGAUCAUAGAUUUUAACACGUUGAAAUCGUUCCAGGAAAUUCGUCCCAUGCACAAACCCAAACGCAUCUUUAAUGGCUUCUUCCCGUCAAAGGUCAGGUCUACAUCAAUGGCUUUGCCAAACGCUUACAAGGAAGGACAAGACGUAACUCUGGAAGAACUUGUUCCUAAUCCUAACGCUCCUCCAUCAUAUGACGGAGCAGUACUCUCUCGUACAGCAACUUCACGAAACAGCAGUCUACGAUCGGAACCGAUCACAUUACCGAAUGAUUCUGAGCCCCAAUUAUCGCCUCAGCAAAACGCUAAACGAGAUUCGAGGAGGGUGGUUUACUCGCUAAGAAAUGGCUCACCCUCCCCCUGGGUAGACAGAUACAAACUAAAACAGAAGACGAUUUCAGCAUCCGCAUUAACCGAAAUAAGAAACAAGACGGGAACAGCCGAGGAACCGCCCGUGAGAGGAUUCUCUAGAUGACGUCUUCAGAACUAAAGGCGUGGUAUGAAGAGAUCGCCCGUUGGAAAGGAGGAGGAAAAGAAUCGUGGCCGAGAGGGGGUUGGGGGUGAUCUUGUGUACAUCUUAGAAGGAAAAUGACAAAUAGUCUUUUUAAAAAUGCGAAAGAAUUGAAUGUCGUUCGUAUCAAUUCCUCGAGAAUGAGUUUGGACGCUCUUUGAAUGAGAAAAUAAGUAAUAUAAAAAUAAAAAAUUCGAAUGGACAUUUUAAGUUUCAAAUUGUUUUAAUUGAAAAAUCGCAUUGUCUCUGAGUGCUAUG